AUGCCUCGUGGUCAGAAGAGUAAGCGCCAUGCCCAGAAGAAACGCCACCAGGCCCGAAGUGAGGCUCGGGCUAGUAGAGGUGUUCAGGACAUAGCAGAGGAAACACCAGAGGCAGCAGAAAAGUCCUCUGCUGCUUCCCAGAUCCAGCCUGGGGCUGAGUCUUCCAGUACUGCUGAGGCUCCUCAGAAAGCAACACCAUCUGCCACAAGCACUCUGAGUAUUUCUUCCACUGAAUCACAUGAGAGCUCCUUUGAGGAAAGUGAUGAAUUCAAGGAAAAGGAAUGCCUUGUUGAGGACAAGCCCUGCACCAUCCGUCCUCACCAAGAUAUGGUAGCAAGAAAGGUAAUGGUACUCUUACAGCACUUGCUCCACAACUUCAAUCUGAAGAAGCUUACUACUAAGGAAGGCAUACUGAAGCUUAUCACCAAGAAGUAUGAAGACGACUUCCCUGAGAUCUUCAGGAGAGCCUCUCAGAAGCUUGAAGAUGCCUUUGCAAUGGAAGUGAGGGAAGUCAACUCCAGUGAGCCCUCAUACAACCUCAUCAGCAAGCUGAAGCUCCCCAACAAUGGGAGGAUUCGUGCUGGCAGAGGCUUUCCCAAGACUGCUUUCGUGAUGUGUGUCCUAGGUAUUAUCCUUGUUAGGGGCAAUUGUGCCAGUGAAGAAGAGAUCUGGCAAAUACUGAAGACGAAGCGAAUCUAUCCAGGGAAGAAGCACUGCAUCUUUGGUGAGCCCCGGAAGCUCAUGACCCAUUAUUUAGUGAAGCUGAAGUACCUGGAGUACAGGCAGGUGGCAGGCAGUGAUCCCCCACGCUAUGAGUUCCUGUGGGGUCCCCAAGCCUAUGCUGAAACAAGCAAGGUCAAAGUCCUGGAAUAUUUGGCCAAGACAAACCAAACAACACCUAGUGCCCUCUCUGCCCUUUAUGAAGAGGUUUUGAAAGGUGACCAAGAACAAACAGAAGCUAGAGAUGAAGAUGAAUCUGAUGCCACUGACGAAACUGAUGAAGAUUCCUCAGUAAAAUUACCAGUGAAUUCCACUGUCACUGGUGACCCUUAA